AUGUUGUCAAGAGUAGAAGCUCGGAAGAAGACUGGUUUGGACUCCGCGAAUGGGAAGUUGUUGAAUGAAAUCGAAACUAUAAACAAAGCCCUAUAUGUGCAGAAAAACCUUACAAGGACCUCAAUCCCUACUUCAAGUAAAACCCAUUUGCCUGAUCCCAAAUCAAAGCAAAAAUAUGGAAGUAAUGAUCCUUUGUCAAAGGACAAGAAGUCUAUUUGGAAUUGGAAGCCCUUGAAAGCCUUAUCUAACGUGAGAAAUCGUAGGUUCAACUGCUGUUUCUCUCUCAAAGUCCAUACAAUUGAAAAAUUGCCUGCAAUUUUUGAUGAUGUGAGUCUGUGUGUGAACUGGAAGCGGCGGGAUGGAAGUUUGGUGACUCGUCCUGUGAAGGUUUCUCAAGGAAUUGCUGAGUUUGAAGAGAAGCUGACGCAUACGUGCUCAGUGUAUGGGAGUAGAAAUGGACCACACCAUUCAGCAAAGUAUGAGGCCAAGCAUUUCUUGCUUUAUGCAUCUGUGUUUAGUUCGCCAGAACUUGACUUGGGAAAGCAUCGAGUUGACCUCUCAAGGUUGCUACCUCUCACAUUGGAGGAACUGGAGGAGGAGAAGUGUUCGGGGGAGUGGGCGACUAGUUUUAAACUGUCAGGAAAAGCCAAAGGUGCUAUCAUGAGUGUUAGUUUUGGGUAUACUGUGAUUGGGGAUAAUCUCGCUGCAUCAGGCAGUACUAAAAACAUUCCCAAAAUUUUGCGAGUAAAGCAAAAUAAUACGAGUAUGUUAAAACCGGUCAAAAAAUUUGGCUCGGGUGAUAACGAAAAUGGCAUACGCCACCUUGAGAGUCUUCCCAGUAUUGUUAAACAGCAUUCUCAUGCCACUGCUCAAUCUGCAGAGAAUAUAAAAGAUCUUCAUGAGGUUGUACCUGUAUCAAAAUCAGAACUUGCAGAUUCAAUGAACGUGUUAUACCAGAAAUUUGAUGAAGAAAAUGUUGAUGCUUUGGUGGAUUAUAAGCCUGAACUGGAUAUGUCCACUGAGCAUCUUGAGCCCAUUAAAGCACAAACAGACCCUACAUCUGAAUCUGACAAAGAAAAUGCUGACGAUGGAUGUGAAGAUAGAGAUUUUUCUGUUAUUGAACACGGUAUAGAAUUGCCAGCAGAGGAACAGGUUAAGGAACAUGCUCUGAAGUCUGGUAAGGUUUCUAUAGCAGAAACUGUUGAAGUUGUUGAAACUUGUGCUGGUGUGUCAGUAGCCUCUAAAGAAGACCCAAAGAUGGAUGCUCAUUUUGAAGACAAUGAUUGCUAUUCGAAAGAGGAUGAAGUGUGCUCCAAACAAAGCUUAAUGAAAGAAUUGGAAUCAGCCUUACAUACUUUAUCAAACAUGGAAGAAGCGGCCAGAGAUUCUCCUGAAGCCCAAUGCAGGGACAUGGAAAUUAGAUUGGAUUGUAAGGCAGAUAGCAUAGAUGAUGAUACUGAAACUGUGGCUAGUGAGUUUUUGAGCAUGCUGGGGAUUGAGCAUAGUCAAUUCAGCUUCAGCUCUGAGAGUGAGCCCGAGUCCCCAAGAGAACGCUUGUUAAGAGAAUUUGAGAAGGAAACCCUGGCUAGCGGUUAUUCUUUAUUCGAUUUUGAUAUAGAUGACACUGACCAAGAGACGUGUGGCUAUGAUGCACUUGCCGAGUCUGGAUGGGCCAAUAUUUCAGAGAAUUUUGUAUAUCCAUCCAGUAUUCAAGCAGCCGAGGAAGAGGAUUUUAUGGAAACUCAGGCCAUGGAGAGCAAAACCAGGGCCAAAAUAUUAGAAGACUUGGAGACGGAAGCUUUAAUGCGUGAGUGGGGGUUGAAUGAUACCACAUUUCAAAAUUCACCACCUAAGAGCUCUGGUGGCUUUGGGAGUCCGGUUGAUCUCUGUCCUGAGGAGCCUCCUGAAUUGCCUCCUCUUGGAGAAGGGUUGGGUUCAUUCCUACAGACAAACAAUGGAGGAUUUUUGCGGUCCAUGAAUCCUACACUGUUCAACAAUGCCGGAAAUGGUGGGAGCUUGAUCAUGCAGGUUUCUAGUCCGGUUGUGGUUCCUGCAGAAAUGGGCUCAGGUGCAGUGGAAAUAUUACAGCGUUUAGCCUCAGUUGGAAUUGAAAAGCUCUCUAUGCAGGCUAAUAAGUUAAUGCCUUUGGAAGAUAUCACUGGAAAUACAAUGCAACAAGUAGCUUUGGAGGCUUCACUUACUUCAGAGGAACCUGAGAGGCAUUACUUGCAGCAGCAUGAAUUAGAGGUUGGGGAAGGUGGAACUGGGGGACAAAAGAGAGUGAAAGGAAGACCAUCUGCUCCCCGGUAUAAUAGAAGUCCAAACUCGGUUGGGAAUGAGAUUGGCUCGGAAUAUGUCUCUCUCGAAGAUCUUGCUCCCUUGGCAAUGGAUAAAAUUGAAGCACUUUCACUUGAAGGGUUAAGAAUACAAUCUGGCUUAUCAGGUGAGGUUGCGCCUUCAAAUAUUAAUACACAGCCUGUUGGAGAUAUUUCAGCCCUCAAGGGAAAGGCAGUUGAUGGCAGUGGCUUCCUUGGAUUGGAGGGAACUGCUGGACUGCAGUUGUUGGACAUGAAGGACACCUGUGAUAAUGUUGAUGGAUUAAUGGGUCUAUCUCUAACUCUUGAUGAAUGGAUGAGGUUGGAUUCUGGUGAAAUUGAUGAUGAAGAUCAGAUCAGCGAGCGAACUUCCAAAAUCCUUGCCGCCCAUCAUGCUGCGUCCUUGGACGUGAUACGUGGAGGCAUGAAGGGAGAGAGAAAGCGGGGAAAAGGAUCUAGUCGAAAGUGUGGUUUGUUGGGGAAUAACUUCACUGUAGCACUCAUGGUGCAACUUCACGAUCCCCUUAGAAACUAUGAACCAGUUGGUACACCAAUGCUUGCCCUCAUUCAAGUCGAGAGAGUGUUUGUCCCACCAAAGCCUAAGAUAUACAGUACAGUUUCAGAGCUAAGAAAUAACAAUGAAGAGGACGAUGAGCCUGACACAGUGAAGGAGGAGGUAAAGGAGGACAUCAAGGAAUCGACUUUGAAAGAAGGCAUUCCUCAGUUCAUAAUUACAGAAGUCCAUGUUGCUGGGCUGAAGAAUGAACCUGGCAGGAAAAAACUGUGGGGCACCUCAAGCCAACAGCAGUCCGGUUCCCGUUGGCUGCUUGCUAAUGGGAUGGGGAGGAGCAAUAAGUAUCCAGUCUUAAAAUCAAAGGCUGCUUCUAAAUCUGAGACUCCUGUGACAACUAAAGCUCAUCCUGGUGAUACCUUGUGGAACAUCUCUCGAGUUCAUGGUAAUGGGACCAAAUGGAAGAAAUAGGCUGCCUUGAAUCCCAAUGUCAUUUCCCUUAUGAAACAAUCAGGUUCUGCUGAGUUGAGGAUGUAUUUGCAAUUCCUUGAAAGAAAUUGUAACAGCCUACUGGAAAUGGGUUGUCACAUGACAGCAGCUGAGGUUUGGAUUAUUAUGAGGUGGAGAUAUACUCACAGAUUAUGCAGUUAAUUGGAUCCGCACAAUACACAGAACUGAUGUCAAGACCAGAUGAGGGUGGUGAAAAUUUGCUUGUGAAGCUAUCCUAUUCAAUUCAAUUUGAGCUCCUAAUUUACCAUUUAAAAGAAGGCGCAAUUUUUCGCUUUGUAAAUCCAUUUGUUUCUUGAUCAAGACAGCGUGCAAUUUAAUUUGUCUUCA